GGCCGUACUUGGUGAAGGAACGAAUCUAACUCUCUUGCUCGCAGAUAGGCCUGUAUCUUCUUACUUCAGCGCGGGUGCGCACGCGCAGUUGGGCCAGCUGCGCCGGCCGUCUCCCUUCUGUCUCUUUCUGUGCGAGAGUGUGAAAGAGAGAAGCGCAAAGGGGACGACGGGGACCGUUUGGCGGUCGUUUUUCUUCUCUCUUCCUCACCCCCUUCCUUUUCGGGUACUGUGUGAGCCGACGAGUCGUGGGCGGAAGAGGCGACAAGACGAUACGGGGAGUGUUGUGGAACAGGCUGAGGAGACGUUCGCGACAGAAGCACCAGGAGGAGAGGCGCGCAGGCCGCACUCGGGGCCCAGCCGGGAAAUGGGCAGAGUUUGUGUCAGGCGAGGAGGCGGCCGCCGAAGUUGAUUUCAGGAGCCGGUAGAAGCGAAGGCGCCGGGACCAUUGCUGGCCUCUCAGGAGUGUUUCCUUCCCAUGUGAAGAGGCGGCUGCGGCAGGAGUUCGGGAUUUGACCUACGGAGCGCAGCCGGGCGAGGGGGCCUCACCACCCAAUGGCGACUGCUGCUUCCUCCUCCUCCUUGUGGGCGCCUUGAAGGAUUCUUGUUUGCUGGAGCGAUCCCGAUGCCGAGCACCUCGGAGGCGGCGACGUCCGGAGGCGGGAGCGGCGUCCGGGGCUGGGGCGGCGGCGGCUCCGAAUCGCCGGUGGCAGAGAAGAAGCGGUUGCAUCACCGGCGGCGGAAGCGCUACACUUCGGCUCAGCAGCAACAGCUGCCACCCCCUCUGCCUCCUUCGCCCGUGGCGGGCCCGCCGGCCCCUUCGCUGCUGUUCCCGCUGCUGCAGCCCUCGCUCCUGCAGCCGCCGCUGCCGCCGCAGUCCUUGCUGUUCCUGGCGGCCACCGGCGGCGCCGCCUCCUCCUGCUGUGGGGAAGGGGGGGAGCGGAAGCGGCCGCGGGGCAAGCGGCGUUCGGGUUCCCGGCACAAGCGGCGGCGGCGCCCCAGACUAGCGGGUGCAGGUGGAGGUGGCUCUGGGGCAAGCCUCUCGGUCUCAGACCGGCGCGGGAGUGGGGCUGGCCUGGGGCCGCUGGUAGAAGCGGCGGCCGAGGAGUACGACGACGUAAGCUCCCAGUCGGAGGGGCCGCUGGGUGGCGGGACGGCCGGGGCGGGGAGCGGCGGGGGGAGCCCGGCCUCCUCAGGGGGAGGCGGGGGGAGCCAACAACGCUCGAGCCGCGCCGAGGCGGAUCGGAGCACCUGGAGGCCGCGCAGGGAGCACCGCAGCAGCAGCGGUCGACGCUCCCGGGAGCGGCACCGAGAGCACCGCAGGCGGGGGGAGGACAAGGACAAGCCUCCGCAGCAGGAGGCGGUAGGCGCGGUUGCCAGGGGGGGAGCUGAGGCUUCCUCGUCCUCCUCCAAGUCCCGUAGCCGCCACAAUCACAGCGGCGGCCAGGACCGAGAGGGUCCCCGGAGCAGCAGCGGCGGCGGCAGCGACGGCCGCAGGAAGGGCUCAGCUGCUUCGCCUAGCAGCAGCAGAAAGGACCGGCAGACUAAAGUCCACCGGAGCCGGACGAAAGUGGCUAAAGAGCCCCCCUCGGCUUACAAGGAACCACCCAAGGCCUACCGGGAUGAUAAGACCGAGCCUAAGGCCUAUAGGCGUCAACGAUCUUCUCCCAGUCCCGGUCGGGAUGACAGCCCGCCUAGCCACAGAGCGUCACAGAACCAGCGGAGCCGCAAGUCGCCCAGUUCCCGUUCUUCUCUAAGUCCUUAUCGCCGCCGCUCCCCUAGCUACAGCCGGCACAGUUCCUACGAGCGCGGGGGGGAUGUGUCACCCAGUCCUUACAGCAGUUGGCGCCGGUCUCGCAGCCCCUACAGUCCCGCCAUCAGAAGAUCAGCAAAAUCCAGAAGCAGAAGCCCUUAUUCAUCAAGGCACUCAAGAUCUCGCAGUAGGCACAGAUUAUCAAGAUCCAGAAGUCGCCAGUCGAGUAUUUCUCCUAGUACUCUGACUCUAAAAAGUAGCCUGGCUGCAGAGUUGAAUAAGAACAAAAAGGCUAGAGCAGCAGAGGCAGCCAAAGCCAAUGCUAAAGCUUCAAAUACAUCUACACCUACUAAGGGAAGUACCGACAACAUUGGGGUGACCAUUCCACAAGCAAACAAUGUGAAGGAAGUAAAGAAGAUAAAAACUGAACAUACACCUCCUUCAGGUGGUUCAGUCUCAAAAAACGAUAAGACAAAGACUAAAGUCCCUGUUCAGGAAACAAAGGGGGAAAACAAUUUGAUUGUGGAGAAAGCUGCCAAGCAAAAGGUUUUGGUGGUGAAAGAAAAUAAACCAACCCCUGUUAAGCCACCAGUGCAACCUGCUGCAGUAAAAGAGAAAAGCAAGCCUCACCUCCCAAGUGCACCACCGAAGGAAAAGGAUCGCAGCGUUUCACUGAUAACUUCCACGCUGCCGCCCCUGCCUCUUCCGCCGAUGCUGCCUGAAGAUAAAGAUACAGAUAGUUUUCAAGGGACCAUUUCUGUGAAAGCAGUUAAAAAAGAAGUAGAGAAGAAAUUACGUUACUUGCUUGAAGACCUGCCACUGCCACCUGAGUUGCCUGGAGGAGAUGAUGUAUGCAAAAGCCCUGAAGAGAAAAAAAUAUCAGUGCAUCUUAAAAAAAGACCGAAGAUAUGUGGACCACGCCAUGGUGAAACAAAGCAAAAAGAAAUUGACUGGGGGAAACGCUGUGUGGAUAAAUUUGACAUCAUUGGCAUUAUUGGAGAAGGCACUUACGGGCAAGUUUACAAAGCAAGAGAUAAAGACACAGGGGAAAUGGUGGCACUAAAGAAGGUACGUUUGGAUAAUGAGAAGGAAGGAUUUCCAAUUACAGCUAUUCGAGAAAUUAAGAUUCUUCGACAGCUUAAUCACCAAAGCAUAAUCAACAUGAAAGAAAUAGUAACGGAUAAGGAAGAUGCUUUGGAUUUUAAGAAGGACAAAGGUGCUUUUUACCUUGUAUUUGAGUAUAUGGAUCAUGAUUUGAUGGGGCUCCUGGAAUCUGGCUUGGUUCAUUUUGAUGAAAGUCAUAUCAAAUCGUUCAUGAGACAGUUGAUGGAAGGCUUGGAUUAUUGUCACAAGAAGAAUUUCUUGCACAGAGAUAUUAAAUGUUCCAACAUCUUACUAAACAACAGAGGGCAGAUCAAACUUGCAGAUUUUGGACUGGCUCGGCUGUAUAGCUCUGAGGAGAGUCGACCAUAUACCAACAAAGUUAUCACUUUAUGGUACCGCCCUCCUGAGCUAUUGCUGGGAGAGGAACGAUACACACCUGCCAUUGAUGUCUGGAGUUGUGGAUGCAUACUGGGUGAACUUUUUACUAAAAAACCGAUAUUUCAAGCAAAUCAGGAACUUGCUCAGCUGGAACUGAUAAGCCGCAUAUGUGGAAGUCCUUGUCCUGCAGUUUGGCCUGAUGUGAUAAAACUGGCAUAUUUCAACACCAUGAAACCAAAGAAGCAGUACCGUCGGAGACUAAGAGAAGAAUUUGCUUUUAUUCCCCCAGCUGCACUAGACCUCUUUGAUUACAUGCUUGCUCUGGAUCCCAGUAAACGCUGCACAGCCGAGCAGGCACUUCAGUGUGAAUUUUUGCGAGAUGUGGACCCUUCGAAGAUGCCUCCACCAGACCUUCCUUUAUGGCAGGAUUGCCAUGAGUUAUGGAGUAAGAAGCGCAGAAGGCAAAAGCAGAUGGGCAUGACUGAUGAUGGAACUAAAAUUCCAAGGAAAGAUUUGUCCUUGGGGAUGGAUGACAGCAGAGCCAACACACCCCAGGGCCUGCAGAGCUCUUCUCAGCUGAAAAUGCAAGGCAGUUCCAACAUAGCACUUGUGAAAGGAGGCAGCGGUCAGCCGCUAAAUCAAAAUGAAGUGGCCAUUCUCCUAAACAUGCUUCAGUCUAAAACCAGUAUUAACAUGGCACAAUUUGCUCAGGUGCUGAACAUUAAGGUGAAUCCUGAGACUGAGCAACAGCUGAAUAAAAUAAGCCUUCCAGCCGACAUUUUGGAAGCAGGGGAAAAACAGACUGAGCAGCAGCAGCAGCAGCAGCAGCUCCCACUGCCUCCCUCACCGGACCAGGAGCCUUUAAAACAAACUGCAGCCUCUCAGCCUUCUGUGCAGCCUGCUCAAUUGACCCAAACGAAAGUUGACACUGAGGUUGCUCAAGCAGCUGUGCAGAGUGCAUUCACAGUUUUGCUAUCUCAGUUAUUAAAGACUCAGCAAGUGAAGCAAAGAGAAAACUUGUUAGAAGAAAAGGAGAAUGGAUCAGGAAAUGAGAUGCCAUUACACCCCAGGCAACCUCCAGAGCCAAGUACUCCAGCAUCUGGUGGCAACUGGGAAGAUGCAGAAUCUCCAGCAUCCAUUUAUCCCCAUCUUAUCAAAUCAUUAUAUGCAUGUGCAGGACAAGAUGACUUGGAUAGGCAAUUGGAGAUGAGGCCUCAAACGCCAGAAGAGCGACCUCGCAUCUUGCCCCCAGACCAGCGCCCCCCCGAGCCCCCAGAACCACCACCUGUCACUGAAGAAGAUCUUGAUUAUCGGACAGCGAACCAAAACAUGUCUUCAGUUAGUAGCUCUUCAGGGAUGGAUCCUCAUGCUGGAGUGAAAGCAGCUCUUCUACAACUGCUUGCUCAUCAUCAGGCUCAAACAACUGAGAAACCAGCAACAUCUAGUGUGGAUUUCCAAUCCAGAGACUCCUUUGUAGCAGGUCCAGAUUAUAAGGAUAGUUUUGGAUCAUCUACAUUCUCUUCUGCCCACUACAGCAGUAGUGAUGGAAUAGGAAGUGGAUCAUCUGGGACACUAGAAAGGGGAAAUUUUGUUGGAAGUUCAGAUGUUCAACCCUUGGAGAACUACAAUACUGCUUCUUCUCACUCUAGCGGUGCCCCUCCACCUCCUACCUUUUCAGAACCAUUUCAUAGUUCAGUAACUGGUUAUGGAGACAUUUACCUCAACACCGGUCCCAUGCUCUUUAGUGGUGAUAAGGACCAUAGAUUUGAAUAUAGCCAUGGUCCCAUCACGGUUCUGAGUAACAGUAGUGACACAUCCACAGGGCCUGAAAGUACUCAUUCUUUGACCUCAAAGAUGCAGAACUAUAGCUAUGGAAGUAAUUUACAAGAACCCCCUGGCAGUGUUAGCCACAUGCAUGGACAAACGUGGACUUCCCCUGCCCAAGGACCUGGAUACUCACAAGGAUACAGGGGGCACAUUAGCACAUCAGUAGUCAGAGGACGAGGCAGAGGAUUGCCAUAUUGAGCAUCUGUUUCUUUUUCCCUCAGGCACAUCAUUUUUACCUGGAAAGACUUUGUAGCUGUGAUUUCAAAGCAGCAAUCCAACAGACUUGAAUAAUGUUAAUUCAACAGCUUUAUUUUUAUGUGGAAAGGGGUCUUGCAUAUGAUAGGAAAAUUGCUUACAGUUCAUGCUGUUCUGAGAACCAGAUAAUUGAUUGUACAUCUUUGCAAAUUCUAGCUAUAAAUUUUAUAUUUUGGCAGUUAAGUCGAUGCUAAAUUUAGGGACAUCAGCUUUUUAUGGCACAUUUUCAGAUCUGAACUAUGCACACACUUGUGCUUUUUUUGUAAGUUUGGACCAACUUUUAUGUAAAAAUUUUACAACAAUCAAAGCAGGGCACUGAUUUAUUUGGUAUUUCUUUUUACAAAACAACCUUUUAGUCAAAAAGUCACUGUCCGUCUUUGCACUGCUUUCAGUGUUAUCUGUGGAAGGUGUUCUUUGUGCUCAUUUCAGACAAUAAAACACAGUCUUUCUUGAUACAACAGUUUUAUACAUAUUUGGGCAUUGAUUUGAUUUACUUUCAAAAUCAUUCGUCCAGUAAAACAUCUUGUCCAUCUUCCCAGCGUUUGUAUAAAAACUGUUUUACUUGAAUGGUAAGUGCCUUAACGAUGUAAGCUUAAGGUCUGAAGAACAUGUCAUUAAAUUCAAAAGGCUGUUUGAAGGUACUUUGUAGUUUGAUACAAAGAUUUAAUAUUUACUCUACAUUGGUAGUAACUUAUGGACAAGGGGGUAAAUGGCAUUCUUACAGGAUUCUCAUGUGCUGUUAGAUAAGUCAAAUUAUGAAACACUUAGCUUUAUUUUCCACCAAAUGACAACUAUCCCCAUAAUGAAUUAAGUGAAGUAAUAUGAUAAUGUGCAGACAGUAAUGAAGAAAGAUAGGUCUCCUUCCAUUUUCUGUAAAACCUCUUACUCUAAUUCCUUUACCAAAUAAAACUUAGUGUCCUGUUUUAUUCAAAAUAGUCUUUUUAUUAAAAUAAAAUGGAAUAGCAUUUUGUUGUAUCAAAUUAAUAACUAGUUUUGUGUUGGAAAACUGACAUUUGCUUUUCCCCACAUAAUUUGCUGCAGAAUGUAACCCAAGUUACAUAACCAGCAUUUAAUGCGAUGAACUUAAUAAGCAGUUAAAAUAUCUGGAAACUGGGACUGUGCCAACCAAUUCUGUAUUAAAGUAUUCCACUAACUUGCUACUUGAUUUGAAUCUGUUUUGAAAUAAUUUCAUCACAUGUUCAACCUAAAAGCAAAAAAUGCUUCCCAGAAAAUACGAUUUUGGCUUCAAAGAUGAUGCUUUACACAGUAUAAAUUUGUUAUAUGAGAAUAAGACUAAGCCAGGACACCACUAGGCUUCCUGCGUACUAAGAUGUUUUUAAGUGACUAUAUUGGAAAAAACAGUUCCCAAAUGAUUAUCCAGUUGAUAAGUCAGUGCACAUGUAGCUAUUUUCUAAAUAUGUUUCUAUUAACAGAAUUACAAAUGUAGUCUUGUCAGUUGUGACUUUAAUCUUUUGGAAGCAAACAUAACAUACUUUGCUUCAAAUUCUUUACUCUUGAUUUGAGUGAAUAUAGCAUUGUAGGGUGUCAAAUUUGUUGCAACUCCCUUGUAAAUAUGGCAUUGGUCAUCCACAGUAUCGUAUAGAGAAUCCUGACUGAAAAUAAAACAGCUAAAACUGGAAGAUACUUAAUCUUAACAGCUUGUUUUGACAUUUCAUAUAGAAGAUGCUGGAUUUGGAACAGAUCUUCCUAAAUAAGUCAGAUUAGUAAAAGUCUACUCAAAAGUGAAUAAUAUCAGCAAUAUCACUAUGCCAAAACUUAACCAGCUUCUACUCUACCUCAUCCCAGAGACAGUUUUCAUCCAUGUACAAUCUAGGAAAAGAAAGAAUAGCUUGUAUCUGGGUGCACACUUGAGUGCUUUUACACUGGGGCUCCCCAGAUUUGUUUUUCUGAUUGUAAUUCCUGGUGCUGCAUUGGAGUCCAUUCCAGAUGGCUUUCGGACAUUGACAUGACUUUCCUUUAGACACAUGGUGGAAAGAAGCCUCAGAAACUCCAGAUUAGGUGGAACAUGUAGCUUUUUAAGCUCCUAUAACAUGUAUCCACUGCCCUAUCUAAUGCUACAGAGCUAAAAGGGAUUUAUAUUAACAAAGUUUUAAAAUUGUAUCUAAAUCAAGCUGGGCUGCUCUUCUUAAAAUCCCAAACAUAGACUAAGGCCAGUUUCUUCAAGUAAAGGGUUCAAGGCCGCCUUGAUGAUGGCCUGUUCUUUUGAAUAUGCUACUAUAAAUCUGUUGGAAACUCAACAAGAUCAAUUCUGCUUCACUAAGGAGGCAAGUGAUGUAGAGAGACAUGCUUUGAAGAUUCAGUUUUUUUGAUGUAGAUCAAGAUGUCUACAGGGCAAAUAAGCCAAACAUUUUCAUACAACAAAAGCUUUAUAGGACCUAUGUAGUUGAUAAAACUACCUGGUCAAGUGUUUAUGUCAGUGCUCUUCAAACGUUUCUAAAUCUUAAGAGAAGGUAAGUGAAAAUAGUAAGUGUGCUACAGAGUGCCAACAAAAGCAAGUGGUAAAGCUUUCAACACCAAGGAAGCAAUCUUUUCCUGUGUUCAAGGUAAGUGUUCAAGAUAGCCAUGGACACCUGGAAGGGACAGUUCCUUUGUCUUGGGGAUAUUUUAUGAUAUUUUGAGGACUGUUAAUUAAAAUCCUUAGCUUUUAAAAACCUUAGCUUAAAUAUAAGUAGUACAUAUUUCUUGAAAAACACACGGCUGACAUACAGACCACCACACCAUGGUUAUGUUUCACACUGGAUUUUGAAUAGUAUAUAACAAGCUUUAAGAAAAGUAAUGUCAUAGACAGUCCACAAAUACUUGUUUUUAAGGCUAACUUUAAUAACUGAUCAAAGGGGGAAAUGAUUAAAUAGGAGGGGGGGUAACAGCAAAACGAGACUGUUGGCUGUAAAUGCUAAUGCUGGAAUUAGUUAAUAUUUUUUUAAAAACCUGAAUGAGUUUCACAUAUAUCUCAGUGCAGUAGGUCUAGAAGCCUGAACUGAAAGGGAAGAAAUUAUAUCCUUAAUUAAAAGGCUGGAUUUCUUGUAUCAAUAUUAGCACAAGCUGCUGGUUCUGAAACUAUUCUUAGUGAAUUUUGCCUCUGAUGGAUAUUAAAUUACAUAAAAUAAAUACUGUCAAAAUAUAGUUUGGAAUCAUUCUGUAACAGCACUUUUUGUUAGUUUUUAGAAAUUAGGUGAAGGCACGUAAAGGUUAAACAUGAACAAAAAUUAGAAAAAGGGGCUUACCUUGUGAGUUCUCAAGGCAUAAAAAUGUAGUGCUUAGGUGCUAACAUGACAUCUAUGCCAAAAGUCAGUUUUCUCCGUUUACCUAAUUUGUAUAAAUGUACUGAG